CCCUCCACAAGGUGUUGCAUGUUGCUUGCGGCCGAGAUCUGGCAGCUUUGUGGGCAAAUAAUACAUGCUAAAAACCGGCGAUUCCGAGGUUGCGUCGAGUGAGACGUCAUUGUUGCCGAGGGCUUCAUCGAGCUCGUAUUCGACCUGAUUAGUCCGAUUGGCGGAUCUUACGAUUCUCGACAGGAUGUAUACCGGAGAAAUAGUGGAUUUCACGACGCUUGACAAGGACAUUCAAGAGCUGAUAAGGGAGAGCGCGGCGGUGCGGGAGAAGUCAUACUCGCCGUACAGCAAAUUCAAGGUCGGCGCCGCGGUGCGAUGCACCGAUGGUAGCAUCUCCCGGGGCUGCAACGUGGAGAACGCGUCAUUCCCCGCGUCUGUCUGCGCCGAGACCGCGGCGAUCGUUCACGCUGUCUCGGAGGGGAAGAAGAAAUUCACAGCGUUGACCGUGGUCGCCGACCAGGAGAACGUCAAGUUCACCACUCCGUGCGGAGUAUGCAGGCAAGUCAUCUCCGAAUUCUUCGGCGAUAACAUACCCAUCUACCUGACGAGAAGCGACAUGAAACAGGUUCUACGGACUAAAACGAGCGAAUUGUUCCCGUUCUCGCCGUUUCACACAAGUGACACGAAAACUUCCUAAUCUAUCUCUAUUCGGAGGUGACGCUCGAUCAUCAUAAAGGCUAUGACUAAAUUUUUCUAAUGCUGCUCCUCGAUUCGAAUAUUAUAUAAUCUUAUGUUAUAUAUGAUUUAAUGUUUUAUUUCGAAGAAAUUAAUCGAUGCCGAAGUAUUAUUUACAGUGACGUAAAUAUACUUAUCGAUUGUUUAAAAUAUGAUAUAUUACGAUGUAGCACUGAAACAAAAGUAUUAUUGUUGUGACGUUUAAAAAGAGAAAAAUGAUUUGUUAAGAUUAUUAUUGAUUGUUAAUCAAGUUUAUAACGUAUAUGAUACGCUAAUAUAUAUUUGUUAUAUCUAU